AUGUCUGCCAGCCCAGCCAGAAGCCGAGGAGGUCGCAGCCGCGGUCGUCAGGCCAAGGUGGCCGAGAUGGAGAGCGACAACUCGCAAGACUCGCAGUUCGACCAGACCCAGGAGGAGGACAGCGACGACGCACCCCGCCAGCCCUCUCGCCGCCGUCGCCGCCGCAACAACCAGCAGAUGCAGCGCAGCGGUGGUCAGCAGCAACAAGGUGGCCAGCAGGACUGGCAGAUGCAGCAACAAAUGAUGAUGCAGCAGCAGCAACAGCAACAGCAGAUGCAGCAACAGCAGCAGGGCGGCGGCGGCGGCGGCGGUAGCGACACGCUCAAGUUGAGAUUGGACCUGAACCUCGAGGUCGAGGUUACCCUGAAGGCUAGAAUCCACGGUGAUCUUGAGCUUGCCUUGCUGUAA